GUCAUCGAUAAGGAUGAUAAAAUGUCCGAUGGCCCGUAGCGAUGUGGAUAAUAGCAUGGCAUCACAACCCGCUGCUAGCAAUUACGGCCAGCUAUCUACGUGUAUUCAAUAGUCUAAGGGGCUAACUUCCGGCUCGAGAAAGUACCCCUUGAACAACCGGCGUAGGCAUCAGACUAAGCCUCUCGUGUCUGAGACACUUUUUUAUAAACUCGACACCAGUCGCUGAAGACUUUCCUGGCCCUGGCCUGUGUCACCAUGGAAGCGACAUCUGCCCUCGCGAGCAAGAAUGUAUCGUGGCCUCCUGAGACCACUGUUCUCUACCCGGACGACGCCGGUUUUACCGACGCGACUACGCGGUGGAAUGCCUACGGCAGUCCGGACUUUACCUCGGUGAUCACGCCGUCAAGUGAGGAAGAGGUGAUUCAGGUCGUCAAAAUCGCGACGGCUAACAAGAUACCGUUCCUCGCUAUGGGAGGGCGCCACGGCUAUGGUACCACCUUCUCCAAGCUUCAGGACGGCCUAGCCCUCGACCUGAGUAGCCUCAAGGACGUCAAGAUCGACAAGGCCAGUUCCACCGUCACCGUCGGUGGCGGUGCUAAGAUCCGCGAUGUCGUCCCUCUUGUUCGCGAUGCGGGCUACCAGAUGCCCUCCGGCGCUUGCAGCUGCACCGGCUUCGUCGGCUCUACCCUUGGCGCCGGAAUAGGAUACAUGUCGGGUAUUUUUGGCCUGGUCAUUGACGCUCUGGUCUCCGUGCGGUUGGUCACGGCGAAGGGCGAACUGGUCGAAGCGUCGGAGAAGUCGAACCCAGACUUGUUCUGGGGUAUUCGGGGCGCUGGGGCCAACUUCGGUAUCGUCACCUCGGCGACCUACAAGCUUUCCAAGCAGAUUAACGGCGGACAGGUCUUCUACGCCGACCUGAUCUUCCCAGCCACCUUUAAGGAGCAGUAUUUCAACAUUGUGGAGAAAUUCGAGAACCGGCCCGCGGAACUAGGCUUUUCCAGUGCUAUUUUCUGGGAUCCUGCUAGCAACUCGACUGUCAUCAUGGGCACCUUCAUCUACACCGGCCCUGAGACGCCGGCUCGCGAGCUCCUCAAGCCGUUCUUCGACCUCAACCCGCCGGUCGCACGCGCUCAGCAGAUCCCGUUCCACGAGAUCCCGCUGAAUAUCAUGAACGGCUUGAUCGAGGCCGCUUGCGACACGAAGGCUGGAAUCCACAGCAUCCACACGCUCAACGUGCGGAAAUUCUCGGCGCCGACGUAUAUCAAGGCCUUCGACAAGAUAGACGCCUUCUACAAGAAAUACCCCGACGCCCGUGCCUCGGGGCUCAUCCUCGAGACGUUCCACAACGGUGCCGUGUCCACCGUCCCCGACGGCGCCACGGCUUACCCUUGGAGAGACGCGAAGGGCAAUUUCAUGCUCCAGAUGCGCUGGCCGGGCCUCGACAACCCGCUGAGCGAGAUCGCCAACAACUUCGGCCUGGAGCUGCGCGACGACUUCCAGGCCACGUCGGGCUACCCGGAGCUGUCGGCGUACGUGAACUACGCCUGGGGCGACGAGACCGCCGAGCAGAUCUAUGGCCGCAACAAGCUACCCCGUCUCAUCGCGCUCAAGAAGAAGUGGGACCCGAACAAUGUCUUCGGCUACUCCAACCCCAUACCCACGAACUAAGCCGUGGGACUCGGAUGCGGGGUGUCAAGGUUGCCCACUAGCACCCGCUAUAUCGGCUCGAAAUGCCUUCCUUGCCUGUGCAAUAUGUCAUUUAAUUCAAGGCGGUAAGGCGGUUACACGGGAACAUGGUGUAUUUGCAUUGGGAGGGCGUAGUUCUAGUAACCAAGCUUCUUCACGGCUCUGCAACCCGGACGAGCUGUGCUAUUUGGACAGCGGAGCUCUCAGUAGCUCUCGGCAGGCUAUACCGGUAGAUCCGGGAGACUUAGGAUUGAAUGACGACCACUGAACUCGCCAUCGGCUUGCUAUCUCUUAAUUAUAUAGCUGCGUGUUUGCCGACGAACCCGUCGUAGGGACAUGUAGGUGCCCACACUUUCCGCCUGGACGUGGGGCCUCAUAACUCUCUACAUAACCAGACUUUAUGUGGCCGGUAACGGACUGUCGUACGAACGCGGUAACACCCAUCUGCCUCUAACCUCUACAGAGUGUAAAGAGGUGGUGUUCUUACGAAUGAUGAGUGGGAGGCACCAGUAAGUCUACAUGACAGCUCUGUCAAGUUAAAGUGCAUCGAAGUAGCGCACCCCGCAACAACAUACGCCCCGAGACCAAUCCUUC